UACGAACGCUGCAUAAUGUCUACGUCAUAUCAAGCUUGCGCAGCCGUAGUAUACCCUUCACUUUUCACUGAGUUUUUUUGGUGUGGCCUGUUCAGUUGUGUCGCAGUAUUUCGUGUUUCUUCGACUGUUUUUGAGGAUAACUUUGAUUUCGGGUGUAUUUUUAUGAGUAAUCAAAAGAUUCAGAAGCCAACGCUUACAGGCCAGCGUUUUAAAACUAGGAAGAGAGAUGAAAAGAAGGUGUUUGACCCUACUCAGUUUCAGGAAACCAUUGUACAAGGUUUGAACCAAACUGGCAGUGAUCUGGACGCUGUUGCGAAAUUUCUUGAUGCCUCUGGUGCCAAGCUUGACUACCGCCGCUAUGCUGAGACGCUCUUCGACAUCCUGGUGGCUGGCGGAAUGCUGGCCCCAGGUGGUACCUUGUCAGAUGACUUGACCCGUACGGAGUUCUGCCUGUUUACAGCACAAGAAGACCUGGAGACCAUGCAAGCAUAUGCUCAGGUUUUCAACAAGCUUAUCAGGCGUUACAAGUACCUGGAGAAAGGGUUUGAAGAGGAGAUCAAGAAGUUGCUGCUAUUCCUGAAGGGAUUUACUGAAUCUGAGCGCAACAAGCUGGCCAUGUUGACUGGCAUCCUGCUGGCCAAUGGCAACAUCUCAGCCUCUAUCCUCAACAGCCUCUACAAUGAGAAUCUCGUCAAAGAAGGUGUCUCUGCAGCCUUUGCUGUGAAACUUUUCAAAUCCUGGAUCCAUGAGAAAGAUAUCAACUCUGUGGCAGGAAGUCUCCGCAAAGUCGGCAUGGAUAAUAGACUUUUGGAGCUGUUCCCUGCCAACAAGCGGAGCUGUGAGCAUUUCUCUAAGUACUUCACAGACGCCGGUCUCAAAGAGCUGUCGGACUUUGCCAGGAACCAGCAGGCCAUAGGGUCCCGUAAGGAACUUCAGAAGGAUCUCCAGGAACAAAUGGAACGCGGGGACCCUUUCAAAGACAUCAUUGCGUCAGCCAGGGAGGAGAUGAAAAAGAACAACAUCUCAGAGCAGACCAUGAUUGGCAUCGUGUGGACCAGUGUUAUGAGCUAUGUGGAGUGGAACAAGAAAGAGGAACUGGUCACAGAACAAGCCAUCAAGCACUUGAAGCAAUACAGCCCCUUGUUGAAGGCUUUCACAUCACAGGGAGCCUCUGAGAUCCUGCUGCUUGUGAAGAUGCAGGAGUACUGCUACGACAACAUCCACUUCAUGAACUCCUUCCAGAAGAUUGUGGUGCUGCUCUACAAAGCGGAUGUUUUGAGUGAGGAGGCCAUUCUUAAGUGGUACACAGAGGCCCAUGUUGCCAAAGGAAGGAGUGUGUUCCUGGAACAGAUGAAAAAAUUUGUGGAGUGGCUCAAGAACGCAGAGGAAGAAUCUGAGUCCGAGGAGGACGAGGCUGCUGACUAACGGACCUCAAGCCAAAUCCAAGGCGUGUCAUUUUUUUUAUUUUUUAUAACGUACAGUAGCACCAGGAGCAGUAGAAUGUUCUGUUAAAGAAGUGCUUGUCCCCUCCCCCCUUUUCUUUUUUCUACCUCCUCCACUCCAACCAUGAUGUAUAGAUGUAAGGGCUUUUACAUUCUGUUCAUUCUAAAACUAAUAAAGUUUACACUUGUGGAUAGCAUGAAUCAUGAA